UACCAUAAUCUCUGAUCUCUGAUCUGAGCUCCAUGCUCAAAAGUCAAACUCAAUACAAUUGUCGUUUUGAAAGAAUCCUUCACUGAGAGAGAGAGAGGUCUUGCCUCUGUGUGCUGAGCUGAGGACUGUGUGCUGAGAGACCAUAAACAUCGUCCGAAAAUCAAGAGGCAUGUCGUCAACUCCCACUAAACGUCCAGCGGAGGCUGCUGGAUUAUGUGUUCCAGCAAAGAUCUGCAAGUUGUCCGAUGAGAACAAUGCCAGUAAUUCUGUGUCAAAAGACUGUUCUUUGCCUCGCAAUCUGGAGGAUCGCGGGGAUUGUCAACUGCCAGAUAAAUUCCCACUGAACGCAUUCAGCCCCUGUGUCAGCAGCCAAUCUCAGGGUCAAACAACAGCAGCCUCUGCAGUGGCGAGCAAAAGAGACGACUAUCUAUCGUGGUCUGACUACUUCAUGGCCGUUGCUUUUCUCAGUGCUCAGCGCAGCAAAGAUCCGAAUUCACAAGUCGGAGCAUGCAUUGUAAAUAGCGAAAACAAGAUCGUAGGCAUUGGGUACAAUGGCAUGCCGAAUGGAUGCAGCGAUGACGAACUACCCUGGUCUAGAACAGCGGAAGAUAAACUGGACACCAAGUACCCGUAUGUGUGUCACGCCGAGAUGAAUGCCAUCAUGAACAAGAACUCGGCAGACGUGAAGGGCUGCACGAUUUAUGUUGCACUGUUUCCGUGUAAUGAAUGUGCCAAGUUAAUCAUUCAGUCUGGAAUUCAGCACGUUAUCUACAUGUCAGACAAGUACUUUGAUCGGCCGGAGUUCAUUGCUUCUCGGCGCCUUCUCACAAUGGCUGGUAUCGAAUGCAGUAAAUUUGUACCUAAGACAAGCCGGCUGGUGAUCGACUUCAACUCCAUUUGAUGUUUAAAAGAGUAUGUCUUCUCAUCAUUCCGUUGGUAUCAAUUUGGAAUUAGUGUGAUGCAGUUGCCAUGUCUUCACCACGCCUUCCGUCUUACUUCGCUACAUUUGUAGGAAUUUCGGAGAUCCUGCUUCUAAACUGCAUACUGCUGACCUUGCCGAUCAUCACAAUGCCAUUAACCCAUGCACUGGUGUUCAUACGGUCUAGCUCACCCAUGUACUGUGUGGAUAUGUUGCCAUGGUUACUACUCACAUGACUCACUGGUGUGAUGUCCAGGUAUGUUUAUUCCCUGCCCUGGCCUGGGUGCUUUUAUUUGUAUUUUGUCAUCUCAGUGCUAUCAAUAACCACAUGAAGCAUUUCUGCCUUAAUUUUAAGCUGACAUAAAAGAAACUUCUCACCAAGGAUAUUUUCAUGAAUAAUUCAUCACAACUAUCUCUCUCUCUAUCUAUCCAUCCAUCCAUCUAUCUAUCACCCCCCCCCCCCACACACACACACACGCUCACUUUAUGCAACAACUGCCUUGAUAGCGGUGGAGUUUCCUUUCUCCGCACUCUGUUGCUCCGUUUCUUUUCUUUCUCUGCAUGUGGCUGUUCCAUUCCUUUCCACUACUUCGUGAAAUGAUCUUAAAACCAUCAAUCCGCAAAUCCAUUACGAUACUGCA